AUGGACAUUAUGGAUAUCGUCCGAUGUUUCAUGGUUAACUCCUUUUUUUCGACACUCGGUCGUGAAGUCAUUAACGGAAGACUCAAUUACAUCCUAACUCAUGUGGUUGGUUCUGAAAGCCGACGUCUUCGUGACACUCUCGAUGCUACACGCUCCGUUAUCCUUGGCAGUUCGGCACUCGAUAUCUUGUUAUAUGGUACAUCACCAAUUCUUCAACACGAACUACGUAUCGCAACUCCUAACUAUGCCAAAGAAGUACUCGCCCAAUUUUUCAGAAAACUGGGUUUCAUCGUAGACCAAUCGCCUACUUUUUACAGCCCUCCCUCGGUCGCGUGCAUGUAUGACCACGACUACAUUCAAAGACGUGGCAAGAAAGUAGUAUUGAUCAACAGUCCAACGGAUUCUGUUAUGCCAGUCGUGUUGGCCCACCGCUCAUCUACGGACUGCAUGUUCUUGGCAUCAGGUGGCCUCUUUUUUGGUUAUCCUGAACUCAUGGACAGCCAAACCACAUUAUUACCACUAGUUCAUCCUCGUUCAUUCCUUGUACGCCAAUUCACGCAACGCGAAUACAAGGUCCAGACUCGUAAUUGUUGGACAUUGCCAUGCGAAAAUAAGUGUCCUACACUUUGGCGUCGUAUGGAUAAUGGUCUUCUCGUCACGUGGCAUAAUGGCCUUGUCCCAUCGAAUAUCACCGAUGGACAAGAUCUACAAUGGACGCUCACAAGUCAUUGUGCUAACACUUUGUGUUGGAAUAACAUUUUCAAACGCCCUGACUCCAGUUCUGUCGUAUGUGACAAGGAGAGCAUUGAUCUUCGAAUUGCGAUAAGCAUAAGCCAGAAUGCCGGACUACCUUGUAUCACAGGACUAUUGUUCGGCGUAGACAUGAUAGAGCCAUACGCAGUCCCGCUCUACAUCGAUAAAGGACGGAAAGGUAUAUUCAGCAUCAACGACUUAGACGUUCGUCCAUUUAUUCGCGAGAGGGGAAUGGAGCCACCCAAUAUCAUUGACUGCAGCGUCACGCGACAGGUGGUCGUGAUGAGUGAUUGUGCCUUCAUAAUCAUUCGAGAUCAUGACCAUGUGCUGGACACCGUGCCUUCAUUGUGUGGAGGCGGUCCAUUUUAUCGUGGUCCGUGGAAAUACUUUCCGCUCACACCACUACGUGGGAAUAUGCUCGUCGUUAUGCAUGAUCUUGACAAAGAACAUUUGCCACGCGACAUCUUGAAAGCAGAGAUCGAAAAAGUGACUCAAGGCAUAAUUGAGUACGUCGCUUUACUUUCCUCGAUGGGUUAUUCAUCCAGACGCUAA